AUGUUCAAGGCCAGAAGCAGGGGUUCUCGCUCUGAGGAGCCUAAAGAACCAGGACAAGUACAAAGUGGUGGAGAUGGUGAAUCGACAAGCAAAGAGGAGUGUGAGAAGUUGCUAGGGGAGGAGAAUCUCGACACCCUAGCGAAUCUUACUAUCUCAGCAGUAAUGUUGCAAGAUCAGGGCAAGUACAAAGAAGCAGAAGAGAUGAAUCGACGAGUACUGAAUGGGAAAGAGAAGGUUCUAGGGAAGGGGCAUCUGGAAACACUGAUCAGCGUUACUAACUUAGGAGUUGUGUUGCAGAGUCAGGGUAAAUAUGCGGAGGCAGAGGCAAUGCAACGACGAGCACUGGAGGGGCUUGAGUCGAAACCGGGAAAGCAGCAUCCCGUUACAUUGACAUGUAUGGGCAGACUGGCAUUGGUACUACAGGAUGAGUGCAAGUACAGAGAGGCAGAAGCAUUGAAUCAACAAGUACUAGAAGGAUAUGAGAAGGUACUCGGGAUGGACCAUCCGGAUACACUGGCAUGCAUCAAUAAUCAAGCAUUGGUGCUACAGAAGCUGUGCAAGUAUGAAGAAGCGGAAACAACAUAUCGACAGUUGCUACAGAGAUACGAGAAGGCACUAGGGAAGGAGCAUCCACACAAUUUGAUAAGCAUCGGUAACCUGGCAGUGGUGCUGCAACUUCAGGGCAAAUAUGAAGAGGCAGAAGCAACGAGCCGAGAUGCACUGAAGGGAAGCGAAAAGACACUAGGGAUGGACCAUCCGAAUACGCUGAUGAGCGUCUGCAGCCUCGCCUCUUUGCUCCACCUUAGGAAACAGUACGACGCUUCCUCCGACUUGUAUCAGAGAGCAUCCGAUGGUUUUGAGAUAGCUCUUGGACCAAGCCACCCGAGGACUAUUGCAUGCAAUAACGGUUACAAUUCAUUGAGACAGGAGAUGACAAUUCUGGAAGCUGACAGCUUAUCGGAUGGACUGAACCGUAUGCGCACCCUGUAA